AUGGGUGGAGCAUACACAAUUUUCGGCAGGCAAGUUCCAGCACAUGUUUUAUCAAUCGUUACAUUAGGUACAGUUGCUGCUGGAGUUGCUAUUCCCAGGUUUUUAAGAAAUGAUGAUGCAACCAAGAAAGCCAAUGCUGUAACACCAACCUUGACUUCGGUCCCCGCUCAAACAAAAGAAGGGGAUUUUGAUUUGGAGAAAUUCAUAAAGUAUGUACCACCACGACUACAGCCACAGCCACCAUACUUGGUGGUUGUGGUGAUGCACUUUGAACAAGUACUAACAGUUACUACAGUGACUUGA